CUUUCACUUUCUGUACUAGGAAAGAGGAAGUGAAGUCAUCGAAAAACCCACAGCGAGAGGCACGCCAUUUUAAAGGAGUCGUAACCGUAUAGCUACGUAUACAUAAUGGCAACAGAGCUUACACCAACCCACAAAAAUCAACUAUCCAAAUGGAUUGAUUCAUCAAAAACACACAAGUUUACUUUACUGUAUAAGAUCAGUCGUGACGGGUGUAACGCCCAGACCUUCCACAGUUACUGUGACAACAAGGGACCGACUGUCACUGUCUUUUACAACACAAAUAGUUCGGUGUAUGGGGGAUACGCAGCUGUCAGUUGGAACUCGAAUGGCGACUAUUCCGCUGAUGUAAACGCAUUUCUGUUUAAACUAAAAUUCAAUGGUGCAGAACAGCCGAUGAAGUUUCCCAACAAAUCCAACGGAACCAAUGCUUUAUAUGGGGCUUCCAGAUACGGACCAACCUUCGGUGGUGGACAUGAUCUACAUUCUUUUAGUGAUAGUAUAAAUAAGUCAGGAACCUAUUUUCCGUUAAAUGGUAACACUAGCGGACUCGGCACUACCUACGAUUUUCAGGAACAGAACUACAACUCCGUGAUGAACGGUCACCUACAGGUGCUGGAUCUGGAAGUCUACCGUGUCGAAGAGCAGCAGUUGCUUCAAAAGCCGUGGAUUCAAAAUGUCGACUGGAGUAGUCAGCUUGAGGAAGAGAUCAAGGACAAAGUGGCCACAUACAAACCUUUACCUGGACUGGACCUUCAGCAGGCGAGGAUUCUAUUGGUCGGACAGGUCGGGGCUGGAAAGUCGAGCUUCUUCAACACCAUUAACUCCAUCUUCCGGGGGCAUAUCAGUGGCCAAGCUAACACUGGAAGUGCGGAACAUAGUCUUACAACAGCUUACCGGAUGUAUCAAGUCAGAGAUGGAUAUGCUGGUAAACCCUUCAACUUCCGGUUGUGCGACACGCGUGGUCUCGAAGAGGAUCAAGGUAUUGAUGACCACGAUGUUGAUUAUCUACUUGAUGGUCACGUGCCAGACAGGUACAAGUUUAACCCGUCCGUUCCUCUAUCUCCUGAUGUCAUUGGAUUUUUAAAGCACCCUACGUUGUCAGAUAAAAUCCACUGUGUUGCUUUCGUCCUAGACGUUAGUACUGUAGAUGUUAUCCCUGAGAAGGUUUUGGAGAGGAUCAAAGCCAUGCAGGUGCGGAUGAAUCAAAGAGGUGUACCCCAGGUUGUGCUCUUGACAAAAAUCGACAGAAUAUGUGAGGAAAUCUCCGAUGACGUCAGCAAAGUGUUUUUCAGUCCGGCAAUGAAAGAGAGUGUGGACAAGGUUGCUAUGGUGAUGGGUCUGCCUCGGUCACACAUACUUCCUAUAAAGAACUAUGAGUGUGAGGUAGAGCUUGACCAGAACACCAACAUCCUGUCACUUCUCAGCCUCCGACGAAUUCUACAUUUUGUGGAUGACUUCCUGUACAACAAACUGGACGAAAUCGAAGUUGAGCAGUUAAAAAAGGUUAAAAUUGGCGAUUAAACCGGAAAUAACCGAACCAAAUAGUAUGUGUUGUAUUUCAGAUAUCUGUGAGAAGAGACAGUUUUCGAGAUCUUUAUUACUUUUAUAGCAUACUGGCGAAUUGUAUGAUUGCCCUAUGAGCAUUUAUUUACUCUGCUUUGCAUGAAGUACUGUUGCUAACUAGCUCGUCAAACCUUGAAUUUGUUAUCGUAUUUUUACUGUAUCAAAUAAAGUCAAAUUCAACAGGACCAAUACUAGUAAAGAUCAAUGAUUGAUUGAAAACAUUGUUUGUGGUUUUGUCCUUUAGUCAUGACACAUUGAAAACACAUGGUGUACAUUUUUAAUCUAAAUUUAGAUUAUACAUUUUGAUUUUGCUAUUGAGAAGCUCGAUUCAAUAUACCAGUGUAACUAUAAACAUAGUCGUGUACUUAUAAUAAAAACGUGUUAUCUA